UAAAUUAUCUGGUUUUAUCUCAUUUCCUCCAUCGCCUCUUUUUUAAAAACCUAGACGUCUCCUUCACCAGUCAAAUCGGCUCUUUGAUACUCUUCCGGCGAGAUUCCGACCGAAACCAAGUAAAGAAGAUGAACACGAUAGCGAAGCGAGUUACGGGAUUCGUGACUAGUCAUAGCCACCAGUUGCAGCAGGAGCGAGGGAUAAGAGUGAAGGUAUUCUCCGGUGAUUUGGACAAGGCGCUGACGAUAUUGCAGAAGAAGAUGCAAUCAAGUGGUAUGGAGAGGCUAAUCAAAGCGACUCAGACUCAUCACAUUAAGAACUCGGAGAAGAAGGUUCUCGCUAGGAAGAAUCUUGAACGCAGAAUCAAAUCCAUUGACUUUGCUCGCAAACUCCAAUCAAUCCUCAUCAAGAAAGUCAGAGGUUUAUGAGAGGUGAAGCUGAAGCAACAGUGCUGCUAUUACCAUUCAUCGUUAUCUUAUUUCAAUGUUGAUCAGUGUUAGAUAUAACAUAACACAGUUGUGGUUCUGAGUUUUUUUUUUGUUCAUUUUGCACUUUUGAUGAAUGGAAUCAAAUGUGGAAUUGGUAUAAUCUUGGAUUACUAUUAGUUGUCUACAUGAAUAAGAAAGGCUUCUCUUUUCCUA